UAUGGUGCCUAUUUAUGCAUUUAAAAUUCAAAUGAUUUUUUUUUCUACUCUAAUCACGACCUUGAUGUCUCUGAAAUAUGAGUGCGGCAGCUCAAGGACGUGGAGCAGGCAGACUAUUGAUCCGCAGGUGUUAGUUCUUCCAAUCAAAGAGCCUCAAAGUCCGGGGCCAAGGAGAGAUCAUCCAUCAGUGGCGCAGAUCAGCGGAUAUCUGCAGCUCUCUCUCCUGUUUCCUUCCAGCUCUUCCUCUCUGAGCUCCAACAGAUGAUGCUCCAGCUGCCAGUCGAGACUCUUUUGCCAUUAUGGAUGUUUGGCCAAUCAACAAAGUAAAGUAACCAGCAGCAGCAGCAGCAGCAGCAGCAGCUGCAGCACCGUUACAUUAAAGCCACAGAACAAACCGCUGCUGCUGAGCGCGAGGAGGAGGAGGAGGAGGAGGAGGAGGAGGAGAGAGUUUUGAGGAAGAGGAGAGCGGGAACGCAGGGAGAGGAGCUUUACGCAGACUUCUUCCCAUCCUCUGUUGCUCAUCUGUCCGCAGUCCAACGCGGAUUCAUGCCCUGCGGAAAAUAAGUGACAUGCAAACAGGAAUCGAGGCGCACAAAUCCCAAGAUCCUGCAGGUUCAGCAGCGCGACGGUUUGGUAAGAACUGAGGAGAAACAAACAGAGAACAUGAAGCCCAGGAGUCAGGAUCAGAGUUUGUCAGACUCCAGAGAGUUGGACAGAUCUUAUGACCCGCUCACAGGUAAUCCUCCAUCCAAACCCAAUAAAAAGACCCUAAAGCAGCGGUUCCUCAAACUGCUGCCCUGCUGCCGCUCUGGCUCCACCCCAUCAAUCGAAAAAAGCAAGUUCUGGAGCAUCUCAGUGAGUAACUCUUUCUUUCUAUUCCUUCAAGCAGAAAGUAUAGUGGAGGAUGGUGAACUGGCCACAGUGUGUUACAGACCAGAGGGCCUCGACAGUCUCGUACAGAAAACCAGCUUCAGCAAGAAAGAGCUGCAGGUUCUCUACAGAGGAUUCAAAAACGAGUGUCCAAGUGGCAUAGUGAAUGAAGAGACGUUUAAAAGCAUCUACUCGCAGUUCUUCCCUCAGGGAGAUUCUUCUAUGUAUGCACAUUUCCUGUUUGAAGCCUUUGACACCCACAAUAAUGGAUCAGUCAGCUUUGAGGAUUUUGUCAUAAGUCUGUCCAUCAUCUUGAGAGGCUCCAUCACCGAUAAACUCAACUGGGCCUUUAAUCUGUAUGAUCUGAACAAAGACGGCUGCAUCACCAGAGAGGAGAUGACAGAUAUAAUGAACUCCAUCUAUGACAUGAUGGGGAAGUACACUUACCCCUGCAUGAGGGACAGCGCUCCAAAGGAACACGUUGACAACUUCUUCCAGAAAAUGGACAGAAACAAUGAUGGAGUGGUCACCAUUGACGAGUUCCUGGAGACGUGUCAAAAGGAUGAGAACAUCAUGCAGUCCAUGCACAUGUUUGAUAAUGUGAUCUAAACAUUGCUGGACAAAGACAGAAGAUGGGUUUUCCAGCUCUGCUGCCGUAUCAAACUCCCAGUCAGUGUUUCUGGGCCUGAACAGAGAAGACGGUUCAAACAGCAAAGACCUGAGGAUCCCCAAAAAACACCUUUUAAAAAAUUUGUUACUGAGCAGGUUAAGUAGAACGAGUCAAGUCUAGUUGGAAAUUGACUUGUGUGAAAUAUGAAAUUUCAGAUUUUUAAAAAAUAUUAAGUGUAUAUGAAGGUGUUAAAAGGUGGAUUCUGGUGUUUCAAGAUAAUGACUGAUGAUCUGCACUGAUGAACCAAUGCCUCAAGAAAACAGCACAACAAGUAGUUUCAACCUCUGAUGACUUCCUCACUCAACAAAUGGAGACUACGGUGUUUCUCUGAUGCUUGUAUUAAACACUAGAGAGAGACUGAAUGUGCAGACAUGUUGAACAAACGUUCAAAAUGUUGUAAAUGUAUUUCACACUUAUCCUACAGCGAGGAGGGCGGCUCCAAGUUCAAAGCAAUAAUCUCCACGUGGUACCAGUUCUUCUGCAUCCUCAGUCUUCUUACAUCUCACGUUUAUUAGAAUAGUGUAUUUUGUGUCUGCAUGAAGUGUCUGUUUUGACUGGCCAUUGAAAUUAUUUUGAUUAAAGUGUUAAUAUGUGUACAUGGUGACAGUGCUGAUGAGGAAACACAAUAAAACCACACAGUUGCUAUGCAAAA